CAGUUUCAGUAGUAGGGUGGUGUUAUUAAAAGUACGAGUAUCCAAAGGAGUAUUACAUCGUGAUCAUUACUGUGAGAGACGUGUCGGGAUCUACUAUCGUGAAGACGUAUUAUUGUUCGAUCUUUGAUAAGGAAUACGUAGUGGAAAUAGCAACAGUGGCAAAUAUAGGGACUGUAAGUGUGAAGAUCCUGAAACAUGGAUACAAUCGAUAAAAAAAGCAAUGAAAGUGCGAAUAAAGGAUUGAAUAAGACGAAUACUCUCGAAGAAUUCUAUGCCGGUAGUGGGAUUCUUGUGACUGGAGUAACCGGUUUCCUUGGAAAAGGCCUCUUAGAAAAACUAAUCCGCGAGUUUCCUCGCAUCGCUGCCAUCUUUAUACUAAUUCGAUCAAAAACGGACGAAACGAUAGAACAACGAUUUAAGAAGCUCAUAGAUGAUCCCAUUUAUGGCAUUAAAGCAAAGAACCCCUCACUUUUCAGCAGAGUUUAUCCCGUGAAAGGUGACGUGAGUUUGCCGGAUUUAGGUCUUUCGCAACAAGAUAGAAGUCUGUUGUUAGAGAAAGUAAACAUAGUGUUUCACGCUGCGGCCACUGUGAGAUUCAACGAGCCGUUACACGUGGCUGUUAAUGUCAAUACGAAAGGUACUGCGCGUGUCAUCGAACUUUGGAACGAACUAAAGAAUCCAAUUAGCUUCGUCCACGUUAGCACAGCUUACAGUAAUGCGCAUCUACAUGAGAUCGAGGAAAAAGUUUAUACCACGAGCUUGAAACCUUCAGAAAUGAUCGAUGUGUGUAACAAAUUCAACAAAACGUCGAUCAAUCAAAUAGAAAAAGAGAUUUUAAAAACUUAUCCAAACACAUACACAUUCAGUAAGAAUUUAGCAGAGCAGAUUGUAGCAAACAAUUGCAAAGAUCUGCCAGUUGCGAUAGUGCGGCCAAGCAUAAUUGGUGCCUCUUUGGAAGAUCCAUGUCCUGGUUGGAUACAGAAUAUUUCUGGAUUUACAAGUAUUCUUCUGCUAAUCAGUAGAGGAUGUGCAACAGCAAUACGGGGUAGGAAAGAUGCAAGAGUGGAUUUAGUGCCCGUCGAUUUCGUAAUCGAUACGAUAAUAUGUACUGCAUGGCAUGUCACGCUACAUCCUGAGCACGAAGUUAAAGUUUACAACUGCACGAGUAACGCUAAUCCUUUUAGGUGGGGUCACUUGCAACAGCUGGUGUUGAAGUAUAGCAGAGAAAUGCCAAUGAACGAUACACUAUGGUACCCGGGUUGUCCAAUGAUAGCUAAUAAAUAUAUUUUCAACGUUCUGAGUGUAAUUCCGUAUGUUUUACCUGCGUUCGUCAUAGAUACAUUUUUAAGACUGCGAGGUAGUAAACCAAUAAUGAUAAAACUUCUAAAAAAGAGCAACAAGCUGUUCACAGCGUUGUCAUAUUUUACUACAAAUGAAUGGACCUUUCAAAGGGAUAACUGUUCCGACUUGGCGAGGAAGGUGAAAAUGUUACACGACAGCGAUAUGGUCAAACUAGAUUUGGAGGAUAUGGACUGGAAGAAGUAUGUCGCAAUUUACCUGAUGGGAAUUAGGAAAUUUAUUCUAAAACAAGAGUUUCAAUCAGCAGCCCAAGAACGAUUAUCAAGGUUGUACUGGAUACAUCAGAUCACCAAAAUAUCCGGUAUAGUAAUUUUAUUAUGGAUAAUAUUAUGUUUUGUAUACUGACUAUUUGAACGUUAGUUUUUUAUCUUUGAACCAAAGACAAUAUAAAUACAAUUUUAUGAAGAAGGGA